AUGGCACAAGAUGAACUUCUUACCCUGAGCACUUGCGUUUUAAUAGACGAAUUCGAGGCAGGCCUGAAAAGCAUGGAGGAUUACAAGGCUGCACUUAACCAUACAUUCCAUUCUGCUCUUCCCCUUCAUGAUUUCUGUAAAUUAUUUGUUAUUCCACUGCCUGGAGAUUGGCCAACCUGGUACUACACCAAAAAAAUAAUUGCUCAGCUACCAGAAACAAGUUCCCAAGAACACCCUUAUUUGUCCCUUAUUCCAGAACAAGGACCUUUUCAUGUCUGCUUAAAUAUAAAUGAGGAUGUCAUUAAAAGCCACCACAUAGUUUUUGCAAGACUUUAUAAGGAGGUUUUUGGCAGUGACUUCCCACUUAAACCAAAACCCUUUCGAACAAGCCUCAUUAUUACAGGAACCUUGUGUGGAUGGUUGUUAAUCAGACAUAAAGUCCUGGCCAAAUUCAAGUUCUGCAAAGAUAUUGAAUUUCUGUACCUGGUUAAUUUACUUGAAGAAAUUUUGCCACUGGUCUUUUUUCAAUAUGACAGCAUUUUUUGCUCUGGUAAUCUGGAACUGUACAUAAAUGUCAUGAUUCGUCUAGCCAUUAUUUUCAUUAUCUGGGAGCGACAUCAUUAUGACAGAUCCACUCUAUCCAUGUUAAGUGACUUGUAUCACCAAAAGAUCAACUUUCCUGCCUACUAUAACUUUAAAGAGCAAUGGCUAUCAAUAAUAACAGAAAAGAAGGUAGAAAUCUGGCAUUCAUUGUUACGAAAUCACAUUUCAACACAUUACAGUGGUGAUGAGAUACAUGACACAGCAAUUUCUCUGGCUGCUUCUGACACUGCUAGGAAAUUUCAUUCUUCCUUUGUGAGGCCAUACACCAGAGGUCAAUCGGAAAAAAACAUGAAACUUGUGGCAGGUAUUGUGUUUCACAACUGCAAGGGACAACUGUAUCUAGCUUUAUUAUUCUCUUUUCAAAAGAAAAGUGAUACAUUUUUUAAAAAAUUAAUCAACUACAACUUUCCCUUUAGUCUUAUUUCCAAUUUAUUCCAGAAAAGACAUUGUUUAAAACUAAGUUGAAGAAAAACCAAUCACCCAUUAACCCAACUUUGAACUUUACCUUAAGAAUGACAUUGACAGUGGAAGUCUUAGAUCUUAAUGCAGGCAGUGACAAUGAAAUUGCUUCCUCAUUGUUUUUAAUGUAACAUUAUUUAAGAUAUUUAAUGCUGUUUGUAUAUUCUAGUGUUGCCUCUUGAAAACCAAUUUUGCAGAUAUUAAUGGAGCUUCAUUUAAAAAUUUCCAUAGUCUUACUCUCUCCUAGAAACUCUUGACCAAUGAUUUGGUAGAUACACGGUAACAUGCAGAUAUUUUACAGUGUAUGAGUUGCAUAGUCCUUUUUUAAACCCCACAAAAACAAAAACACAAAGAUACAGGUUGCUGUCAUUCUAGACCAUGGUCACAAAUUUAUACUGAAAAAAAACUUGCAUGGCCAUAGAUACGUAUUGUCUUGAUUUGCCUCACUUAAUGUGAACUUCUAAAACUUGUACAGGCAAAGUUGCUGAGGUGCUUUUGAAAUUAUUCCAGGAUGUUGCUCAAAAUAUUGGAAAGUCUAAGAAGGUAAGUAUCUGCAUCAUUUUGUAACUCUACACAUAAAUCUUCUUGUUUGAAUUGAAUAGAUGAAAGCGAAGCUAUUUAGAUUUCAAUGGAUAAGCCGCAUAAAUGUCACCUCAUCAAUACCUAAGCCAACACUGUCAAGCACACAGGUGAAGAAAAUGGAUGAUGAAAGCUCACCUUAAAGAAGCAGCAAACUAACAAGGCUAACUCUCAAUAUUACAAAAUAAAAGAAGUGAAAAAAUUAUUAUUAACAGUUCAUAUUUUAUCCUUCAGCUAAAAAAAACAUGGCAAACCUAAUGAAAAUGUGAUAAAGUUAAAUAAAAUUAAUACUGUUCUACUAUGAAGAUUAAUGGAGGAAUCAUUAAAGCUUGACUAUCACUGUCUUAUUCUUAAUAUUCCUUAAAACUAUCUUCUGUGUUUGACAGAAACAUUAUUUUUGUUACACAGGUCACAGACAACCCUUCCAGUCAAAGUCAAAACAAAAGACAAAAAUUCCAUCUUCAAACAUUCAAUGAAAUUGUUGAUACAAAGUCUCUUCCUCUUUCGUACAAACAUCUGGAUAGCAACCCACACUAUCCAAAUCCAGCCAUUUUAUGCGACCACAGCAACUGUGCUGUAACUCAAGACACUGACCAAUUUGUAAGACUAGCUUGCUGCCACACUUUCCACCAAGAAUGUUACCUUCGAAAUAACUCUAACUGUCCAAUCUGUACUAAGCCUCUGUUAAAGAAAGUAGCCAUGCUGGCUGAUACUUUUAAUCUCAGUUUACUAACACCUACUAAAUCGUCGUCAUCAACUACCAAUGCAGAAACAUCCAACUUAUCCUCUGAAGAGCCUGACACAGAAUUAACUCCUAACAAUUCAAGACAACCUAUUUUCUAUGAAUCCGAUGAAUGGGAACAGUUUGUAGAUCAUGCUUUAGCUAAUGUCACUGUCCCACAACCUCCAAGUUUAAGAGUACAAGGACAACAACAAGAACGUCAACAGCAACAUCCAAAGCAGCCACACUGCCAAGACCAAGGAGUCAAUCACCAAGCGCAACAAGCAAAUCAAAACAUCAGCAUCACAUCAGUGAACAAUGCAGGCAGCAAAUUCCUUUUUUUUCCACAGUCUGUUUCGCAGGCUACUAUGAAUGGCAGGAGGGGGUCAAACGCUUGCACUUUCAUUGCAUUGUACUUGGCAAAAAGUUAUCAUGCCAACAUAGGACACCUACCACCCCCAACACAAAUUUCACCUGUGUGGGCUGCUGUUGUGAUGUCCUGCAUCAUUCAGGGAAAUUCCACACAUGACACUUUAACUGGGGGAAGAGCAAUUAAUUUUGCUGUGGAUGAUGCAGUCCAACACCUUAGACAAAACUUGGGACAAAUUCAAAUGGAAGAUUCGUUUGACAUCACAUUAACCAGUGAAGAUAUAAAUGUACCCCAGUCAUCAGCAGCAUUUUACCUCCAACGUUUAACUCAAGAAGCUAAUCUAUCUGCAAUUCUUAUUAUCACCGAUAUGACAAUUUGUUUUGUUGCACAUGGAGCAAAUAUUGUGAUGUUCGACAGCCACUUGCAUGGUAAUUUUGGAGCUCUUAUUGCCAGUACAACUGUUGAAAACACCGAGAAUUUCUUGAAGGCAGUGAAAGCGAUGAUAAGCCCAAACUACAACAUGUGCUCCUUAACAUUUGUUAAGUUUGCUUAA